AUGACUAUCAACGCUGUCGCGGACGGUAUCGUGGGCAAAGAGAGCCCACCAGUGCAAACAUCACCCCUUAAAGUAGUCGUGUCCAGUGAGAAAUAUGUCGAGAAUAUUGUAACUAAUGACCGUAACCUGGUCUACGACGACAAUGAAGAAGAACCUGAGCUUCAUGCCCGGACUUAUGUUGCUAUUCUUGCCAUGUUUAUCCCGAACUUUAUUCAGGUCUUCGCUCUACAAGGACCUCCGGCAGUCCUUUCUUAUAUCGGAAUCAGCCUCAACGACACUCAGGCUCAGACUGGGGUUCCCAAUUCGCUUUCAGUCGUCCAAGCAGUGCUGGGGCCGGUUAUAUCGCCUACCUCGGAUCCCGUCCAAAGUCGCAAGACGUUACUUGUUGAUUCUUCCAUUACCUCUCUCAUCGGGUCGGCCAUCGCACCUGGCUUCGGCAAUAUUUACCGGCUGAUUGCUGCUCAAACUCUGAUUGGGGUGGGGUUUCUUCUGUUCCUUUGGCAUACGCUGUGCCCAGUGAGAUUCUACCUAGGAGAUGGAGACCCUCUAAGUUGA